AAAAAGGAGAAUAAUUUAUUCAAAAGCUAUACUUUGAAAGGGGAAAGAGACCAAGUCGAGCUUGUCAGUCUUAGCAAUUUGUUGUUUUCUUUUAGAGAUUCCUAAGCAUGCAUAACAGGGUGAACAAGGAAUACAGCUGGUUACUGAAAUAGUAACUAAAGGGUGUUCCACGAUAAACUAUUUUGUAUGAUGCCCACCUUAUCUCCUGCUCCCUCCCCUCUACCCUCACAUGGUCAUUAAGCCAACCGGCAAUCGACCCUCACAGACUCAACCCGGCUAAUCUCAGACCCAAAGAAAGGUGGCUUGUUCAGGAGGGGCACAAGGCUUGUUUCUGCUGCAGUCAGCAUGGGCAUGUCAAGCAUGGCCGGCAGGCGCCUGAGGUCCCUACUAUAACCUUGCUGCUGGAGCUGCCUUGGAUGACAACCCUGCAUCACUGGGACACAGACUCGAGUCCCAAGUACCAGGAUAGGCCUAGGCUAAGUAGAGCCAGUAGAAAUAUCCAAGUUAUCAUACUGGGCCCUAUAUGGUUGGCUAGGCGCGCCUCAGCAGCCAGCACCAGCUGGGGAGGUGGGUGAAGAGGAUGAAGCAGGCCACAUCAACCCUGGAACAGAGCACGGGGAGACUGGGAACGGUCCUCCUCCAAGGGACAUCGCAUGGCACGACGGCAGGGCCCGGCAGUGUGCCGGCCUUGUCUCUCAGGCGGCAAAACCCGGGUGGGAUGACGAUGGCUCGACUCUCUGGGCCGCCACAGCGAGGUGCCCCAGAUGCGGGGAGAAGGGGCGCAGUCUGACGCUCCCAGGUGGCACCAAGGAGGGGGGACAGAGGGACGAGGCAGGCUCAGCCCAGGGUGCCUCAGGGCCCGCAGGGCCGGGGGAGGGAGCAGACGCCCCUGCUCCGCCAGCUCGUCCUGGGCCGGGGUCCGCCCAGAGAGGGUGCGCCCCCCACCCCCGGCAGCGGCACUGGCGGACUCCGCAGGGCUCUACGGACCACAGAGUAAGUCCUCCGGGAAGCACAGAGGGCCCCGGAAGUGCGCGGGCGCGGCGCGGCGCUGCGGGCGAAGGUGGGAAACAGCUGGCCAGCUAUCUCCUAAGACAUGCCCUUGGCUCUCACAGCCCUGCAUGGGAUCAGUAGAGCCUGUCUGACCCCAGCCUGCUGGGCCUCAGCAUCUCGCCUAACCAGUGAGCUACUGCCACACAGUAUGUCCCUCAGGGAGCACGGGCAAUACCUCUUCCGCAGUGCUGUGGAUGUCGUCCUGCCAGCCCGGAUGCUCAGGAGGGCCUUGGAGCUCAGAACUGAUGGAGGCCCCCAACUCGUCGUGAGGGGCCGAGCUUUCCCAGCGCAGAGGAAUCUGUAUCUUGUGGGCUUUGGCAAAGCCGUGCUGGGGAUGGCUGCCGCAGCAGAAGAGAUCUUGGGAGACCACCUUCUCCGAGGGGUUGUCAGCGUCCCUCUGGGCAUCCAGGCGUGUCUGCAGCAGGCCUCUUGCAGGGAAAUGCUGCUAAAGCCACACAGCAGGAUCCAGGUCAUAGAAGGAGCUAAGUACAACCUCCCUGACAGAGAGGCUUUGAGGGCAGCCAGGGCCAUUUGUGAGCUGGCAGAGGGUCUGACAGCUGAUGACCUCCUCCUUGUCCUGAUCUCAGGAGGUGGAUCAGCCUUGUUGCCUGCCCCCAAGCCUCCUGUGCUCCUUGAAGAGAAAGAGAAAGUCACCAAGCUGCUGGCUUCCAGAGGAGCUACCAUCCAAGAACUUAACACCAUCCGGAAGGCCCUGUCCAUGCUGAAGGGUGGAGGGCUGGCUCAGGCUGCCUAUCCUGCACAGGUGCUGAGCCUCAUCCUCUCUGAUGUCAUUGGUGACCCAGUAGACUUUAUAGCAAGUGGUCCCACUGUUGCCAGUUCCCACAGCACCCAAGACUGCUUUGAAAUCCUGGCAAAAUACAAUCUGCUGAGCAGCUUGCCCAAAUCUGUGGAGACAGUGCUGCACAGCUCAAGUUCAGAUUCUGUUCGUUCUAAAGACUAUUCCCAUGUCUAUAAUGUCAUCAUUGGUUCAAACAGUUUGGCUUUAGAAGAAGCCAAACACCAAGCAGAGGCUCUGGGCUACCUGACUCUGAUUCUGAGUGCAGCUGUCUGUGGGGAAGUCAACAGAGUGGCCAAACUCUAUGGUCUGCUGAUUCAGUUUGUCUGCUUGAGUAUGGCUGGACCUGGAGUAGAUUCUUUAAUUGACAAGGUGAGAAGUGAUCUCCUACAACUGGCGGCAGAGCUAGACAUCCCCAGUCUGAAUCUUACGGAGUUUCUAAGGACUUUGCAGGGAUUUGGACCUGAAAGGCCAGUUUGCCUCCUGGCUGGUGGAGAGACAACGGUCCAGGUGCAAGGAAGUGGGCAGGGUGGGAGGAACCAGGAGCUGGCUCUGCGGGUGGGGUUGGAGCUGCACAAAGCUAAGUCCACCAGGGCUGGUGGCAUCCUUGCUGGAUGGGAGGUCAUGUUCCUCAGUGGGGGAACUGAUGGGCAGGAUGGGCCAACAGAGGCUGCUGGUGCCUUCUCCAGCCUGGAGCUGGUAGACAGGGCUGGCCAGGAAGGUCUCGAGGUGGAGGCAUUUCUAAGCAAUAAUGACUCGUACACAUUCUUCAGUAAAUUCCAAAAUGGAUGUCACCUGCUGAUGACAGGUUUAACAGGCACUAAUGUCAUGGACAUACAGGCUGUUUUAAUUAGGGCCAGAGACAGAUAAUGAGAGUAACACCACCAAAUAUUCAGAUGCUUUUAAUGAGAGGCAAGGGUAAACAGAGGGCACUAACAUUACAGACAAAUCCCAGCUGCUUAAAUUAGGGGUAGCUGUCAAGGCUGCAGAUAUCCUGGACAUAAAGGUUACAUUAAUUAGGCACAGGAGUGGGUAACCAUGGCAUGAGCAGCAGGAACACUGGAUCUGUUUUAAUUAGGAUCAGAGAAAGGGAAGCACGGCACCAGUGUUAUGGAUAUCUUGGCUGGGUUAACCUUUCUGCCCAAGUACCACUGAAGGGUACAUUUUGACUCUGGUUUCAAAUAAUUCAGGAAAGCAGGACUGCUGACUGGCAAGGACAGCACUUGGCCAGCGUAGACUGUUUUUUGCUCUUGUAUCCAUUCAGACUGGUCCAGAACUAACCCGAGGAGCAUUUACAUUUAGUCUGCAUGUGCUUCCCAUGAGUGAAGUCACAUGAUUAUAAAACAUCAAAAUAAAAGCAAGACAGUAAGACUGGGGUUUUCCAAAACGUCUGUGGGAAUUAGGUCUCCCACUUCCAUGGACGACAUCUGACUCUUAGUUCUGAUCUUUAGCUUGCCAUUUUAAAGCUCAGGCUCAUUAUGUGAACAAGGUGCUUUAGAUCAGUACAAAGGGCCCUGAAUCCAAGGCAUUGCAAAUGCAGCAGAGAUGGCCAAAAGCACAUCAGUUCAGUUUAACCUUUGAUCUUGGAUAUGUGACGUAAAUGCCACAGCCAAAUGUAUUUUCACUGCACUGUGUGAAGAAUCAUGUGAACUAUGAUUCAGAUGCAUUGGUGCAAAAACCUGAACAUGCACCUUCCCCUCCUUCCAGUGACCUUCUCUGCUACCUUAGGUGGUGACAUUUUUUCCCCCUUGGCUGGUAUUUCAUGGGGCAGCACUCUGUGCUGUCAGUGUGUAGGCUAUGAGCAUUCCAAGUAUUAUUUCCAAACUGGUCAAAAAAACAAUCCAGCCUCCAGCUUGAGGUAUUGACCUUUUCACUGUGUAAAGUCAGAUGUUGCUGUCACUCUGAUUAACUCUGCUAGUUCCAUGGAACAAAAUAAAGG